UCCUCCUCGUCGUCGGUGCUCCUCCUCCUCCUCCUCCUCCCCGUCGCCGCCGCCUCCUCAGCCGCAGCCGGCCGGAUCCCCGAUGGAGGCCGAGCGGGUGGCGGCGCGGGCCCAGCAGCUGCACCAGCAGGCGCUGGCCGCGGCGGCGGGAGACCAGCCGCCUCAGCCGCCCCCUCCGCCGCCGCCUCAGCAAGGCACGGCGGCGGCGGCGGCUGCCUCUCAGGGCGGCCCCGGCCGCGGCGAGCUGAGCCUGCCGGGCAUCCUGCACUUCAUCCAGCACGAGUGGGCGCGCUUCGAGGCCGAGAAGAGCCGCUGGGAGGCCGAGAGGGCCGAGCUGCAGGCGCAAGUGGCCUUUCUUCAGGGGGAAAGGAAGGGCCAAGAGAACCUCAAGACAGAUCUUGUACGGAGGAUAAAGAUGCUGGAAUACGCUCUGAAGCAGGAGAGGUCAAAGUACCACAAGCUGAAAUUUGGCACUGAGCUGAACCAGGGGGAAAAGAAACCAGAUAUGUCAGAACCAGUCUCCAAUGGGCCAGCGGAACCGAUCUCAUUGGAGAGCAACCAGUUCAUGUGGAAGGAAGGGCGCCAACUCCUCCGCCAGUACCUGGAGGAAGUGGGCUACACGGACACCAUCCUAGACAUGCGAUCCAAGCGAGUCCGCUCUCUGCUCGGCCGCUGCUCCAUGGAACUGAACGGUGCUGCCGAGCCCAGUGGCCUGGGGACUGGGCCUGCGCCGGGACCUGCUGGGCUGAAUGGGGGCGAGUCCCUUCUGGUCAAGCAGAUAGAGGAGCAGAUCAAAAGGAAUGCUGGGAAGGAGGCAAAGGACCGGACCGGCAGCUCCGUGAUGGAGAAGAUCCCCUUCUUGCAGGGCUGCGAGGAAGAAGACGACAGUGACGAGGAGAAGGACUUGGAAAGCCUGCCCCUGGAGACGCAGCGGCAACACAAGAAGCAGCGAGUAAAGCUCACCAACAAGCCCCUGAUGCCAGAAGUGGAGGAUGAAGACGACGACGAGGACUCCGAGGAUGCACUGAGCGAGUUCGACUUCCUCGGCUCGGGGGAGAACGGCGAGGGGUCCGGGGACAUGCGGCGAGCUGGAGAUGGCAAUGAACUUGAAAGCCGCCGGGUGAAGCUGCAGGGAAUGCUAGCUGACCUCCAAGAUGUGGAUGGGCUUCCCCCGAAACCUUCCAUGCCGGCAGCCAUCUCCAGUCAACCCAGAUCUCACGAAGGUUCCCUGGGCUUCUCCUCGGAUGUUUUUAUAAUGGACACCAUUGGCGGAGGAGAGGUCAGCCUGGGAGACCUCGCGGACCUGACCGUCACCAACGACAAUGAGCUAAGUUGCGAUCUCUCGGACAGCAAAGAUGCCUUUAAGAAGACGUGGAACCCCAAGUUCACCCUACGGAGUCACUACGAUGGCAUCCGGGCCUUGGUCUUCCAUCACUCUGAGUCCGCGCUGGUCACCGCCUCGGAGGACGGCACGCUGAAGCUGUGGAACCUCCAGAAGACGGUGGCCGCCAAAAAGAAUGCAGCGCUCGACGUGGAGCCAGUCUAUGCAUUCAGGGCACACAGGGGCCCGGUGCUUUCUGUUGCCAUGGGCUGCAACAGCGAAUAUUGCUACAGUGGAGGCGCAGACACGAGGAUCCGUUGCUGGAGGAUCCCGGAACUCGGCAUGGACCCCUACGAUGGCUAUGACCCAAGUGUGCUCGGCAACGUCUUGGACGGACACACAGACGCCGUUUGGGGCCUGGCCUUCAGCCCCUCGAAGAACCGCCUGGCUUCGUGCUCUGCAGAUGGCACGGUGAGGAUAUGGGACCCCAGCAGCAGCAGCAACUCCUGCCUCAGCACCUACACUGCGGACAGUGAGAAUGGAAUCCCUACCUCCAUCACCUUCUCCGGUACCGACCCUGCACACGUCGUGGCAGCCUUCCAGACAGGAUGCACGGUUCUCUAUGAUGUGGAAGCCAACUGCUCUGUCCUGACCCUGGAAUCCAGGCCAGCCAGCGGAUCCAGUCAGAUCAACCAAGUUGUGAGCCACCCAACCCAGCCGAUCACUAUCACAGCUCAUGACGACCGAGGGAUCCGCUUCCUGGACAAUCGCACAGGGAAAGCUGUGCACUCCAUGGUGGCACACCUGGACGCUGUUACCUGUCUCGCUGUAGAUCCCAACGGAGUGUUCCUUAUAUCAGGAAGCCACGACUGCUCCCUCCGGCUGUGGAACCUCGACAACAAGACCUGCACGCAGGAGAUCACAGCUCACCGCAAGAAGCACGAAGAGGCCAUCCACGACGUGGCCUUCCAUCCCAGCAAGGCCCUGAUUGCCAGCGCUGGGGCCGAUGCCCUUGCCAAGGUCUUUGUAUGAAAAGAGGGCGGGGCCUACAGGUGCGUUCCCCAGGAGCCCCCUCUUUUCUUGUUUCCUUUGUUCUCUCUUUCUUUCUCUGGCCCAGCCAGUGGUGCUAACAACUCUUCUCUUCGCCACGGGCCCCUCCUGCCAUCCCCACCCAAGCUCAGGACUGACCCCUGCUGGACAGCGGUGGCCGGGGCAUUGCAACUGGGGGAAGAGGCAGCUGCUCCCCUGACCUUGGGACUCACCUUCACCAGCACUGAAACAGUUUCCCCGCUCCUUUCAAGGUCGUCUGGUUUUUCUUUCCCAGCGCAGGAAGUGGAAACGUUUUUCCCAGUUGGUUGGGAGCGGGGAGAGGGAGCCCGGGCCUGGACUGGGAUGCUCUGCUGUGUCUGGGAAGGAGGGCUUUUCUGGCAAGCUCUGCCUCCUGGCCAUCUUGGGCAAGGGUUUUCGAAACCUUCCCUCCUGUCCCCUUGGACCUGCGACUUCUUUUCGACGCCGGAACUCCUUUGGGGAGAAACAACCUCCUGGGGUGUGAAAAGGACACACAGCAGCGUUCCUAGCCAGAGCAGCCCUGGACCAAGCAACUUUCUCUCUCUCCUGGCCAAGAUCCCUCGUCCCAAGCCAAAAGAGGAGCGAGACGCAAGCAGAAGGGCACCCACCCACUACUAUCGCACCAGCCAGUUGCAGCCACAAAAGGCUUUCACACUGCUUCGCUAACUGUUAAAGACUUCUUGGGGGGGCAAAUCACGUGCCAGCUGUGUGUGGUUCAGCAGGUUCUCCCCUCGCCCCUCGUGCUUCCUUCAAUUUCACAUUUCCCCUGCCCUUUCCUGACUCCAAACGCACAGGCGCCGAGGACUUCCCACCGUUAACACUCCCCACGUAGGCGGACCCAGCAGAGGAGCAAUGGGCCAGGAGGGAGGGCAACGUGAGGUCCUUCCUUCUCUGGCCCCUGUUGCUUUCAGAUAUUGUAGACGCGAGGCCACAGGUAAGAGGAGGGGGGAGAGGCAAAAGGAGACAGAAGGAAAAGACCGCAGGUAAGCAAACAGGGAUGGUUGGUCGUGUCGAUUUGGGAAGCCAGCCAGUUGUCGCCCGCAGGCCGGACAUGGGCCGGUGGGCCCUUAGUUGCUGACGCUCGUUCAGGGAAGCGAAACGUGUCUGCGAAUGUGGGAGGAGGGUCUGGGGGGGGAUGCAGGAGCCAGAGAAAGGGGAGCAGAAGGAUGAGCUGUGGGGCGGGGGUUAGUUUCCGGUUAAAUUAGGAAGUGGGGGGUGGCCAAGGGAGGCCCCCCGCUCUGUGACAACCUUGAAUCGCCUUGUUUAAGCUGGGCAGGAUUUUUGAGCCUGAGCCUGUGGAGGAUCUAACAUUCAGAUUGCUAACACUCUGAGCGAAAGGUGGAUAGGUUCUAUUAACCACUCAGUGAAGCAGUGCGGUCUGUUGGAUAACUGGCAGUUCCCCAAUUCACCCUUUUUUUUUAAAGAAAAAGCCAUCAACCCUUAGAAGCCUGUUCAUAGAUGCUAGCCCUGGGCGGGGUGGAGCUUUCAUCUCAGCAAUAAGCCCCACAACACUUGGGCUCCCUUUCUUCCCUAUUUCCCAGGCGAGACUGAAUCGCAGCCAUUGUUUCCCUGGGGGAUAGGGAGCAAACUAAAAACCAACAGGCACGGCUUUUCUCCCAUCACUCUGGCAGGGCUGGUAACGCUUGGGCCAGCGUGGCAGAACGGAGAUGGGAAGGUUCUGCCUGGUCCUGCACCCAAGUAGACUCCUCGGAAGCGGGUUUCAAAGGCCAGGCAAGAGAGGGGCUUGCUUGUCAGGUGAAGGGGCCAAAUCCAGGAAGGGGACCAAACCUUUAGAUCCAGGGGCUUGGAGACCGGACCCUCCUGCACCAGUUGGGCUGCCUGUGGCCUGCAAGGUGUUGCUAAGCUACGACUCCUCCCUCCUGGCCCCGCUGGCUGGGGCUGAUGGGAGCUGGAGCCUCUGGGGCGUCUCAAGCUAACCACCCUGCGUCCGGGGGGGCGGGCGGGCUGCUUCUUUGCUUUUAUUUCACUCUUUUUCUUCUUACGUGUGUUGUAACUUGACCCAAGCAGUUGGCAAUCCUUACUAAAAAAAGAGAAAUGAAAAAACACUAAAAAAA